UUUAUAUAGAGUUUUAUACCACAUACAUCAUAUUAUGUCGCACUGUCGCCAGUUAGUUUGUUUAAUUACCGCUAUUAAAGUUAUAACUUGCACGCUUUAUAAAAUGUGUUAGUUCAUGUCACCUCCCAGGCUCCGUAGACUUCUACUUUAUUUAUGUGUAAAAUGUCAUGAAAGACUGUGCACACCUAUGACAAAAUGUACUUGUUUCAAUCAUAGAUGAUCUGCAUCCCCUGAGGCGCUGUUGGAGUAUUGAAUGGAUGCCACCUUCCAUGUCUGAGUUGAGGGUUGUUCUGCUGGGGAACUCAUGGUCUGAGAGGAGUUCAGUGGGGAACGACAUAAUGAGAGACACUGUGUUCAACACUGGAAAAGAAGCAAACCAAUGCGAGCAAGUCAGGAGACAAAUAAAGGAGAAAGACAUAGUUCUUAUCAACACUCCAGAUCUGCUGAAUCCCACCAUCUCUGAAGACAAACUGACAGAACAUGUGACAGACUGUGUGAGACUCUCUGAUCCUGGACCUCAUGUGUUCCUGUUGGUUCUCCAGCCUGAUGACUUCACUGAGGAAUAUAAACAGAGAUUCUGUAGAAUUCUUAAACGCUUCAGUGAUCAGUCAUUUGAUCAUUCACUGUUACUGAUAUCAACACCCAGAGAGCAGGGCUCAAGUGUUGUUAAAAUACAUUUGCAAAAUCAACCCUUAAAAGAGAUGAUCAGAGAAUGUAGAUACAGAUAUUUGGAGCUGGCAAACCUUGAACUUCCAGAGCUGUUGACCCGUUUGGGUCAAAUUGUGAAAGAACACAAUGGAGAGCAUGUCAGCUGUGAAGUGUUCAUGGAUGCCCCUGAUGAUAUGCAAAGAAUACAACAAAAGGAAACAAGGCCCGGAUUCAUGAAUGCUGUUAUGUCUUAUGGUCUUUUUACCAAGGAUAAGAUGGUGACACCCCCUCCCUCAGGGGAAAGUAAGUAA